UUUCUAUUCUUUUUAUAAUAUGAUGAUAAAUUUUUGCUGCGCAAUAUGUAUCUAAAUAAUGUGUAUAUAUAUAUAUAUACAUAAAAAAUUUUAAAAAUAUAUGGGAAUCCCCAAAAAAGAUCAUCAUUAUUCACAGAGGCCUAUAUAUUGAUAUGGUCGUGCAUUUAUUGUACAUUUUUGUUAUAACGUUUAAUUAUAAAUUAAGUAUAUUUCCAAUAAUUUAAUACUAUAAGUGCAUUAAUAUAAUAUUUUUGUUAUUAAAUAAUUGAAAGGUAAAAAAAUUUUUAAAUAAUUUUGGAACAAAUUUUAUACUUAAAUAAAAAAAAAUGUCAAUUGCUGAUCAAGAUACUGAUUGGAAUGAAAUGUUAAAAAUUGCUAAAUUACAACAACAAGAAUAUUAUGAACUUUUACCAGAAUGGACAAAGUAUACUGCAGAUGAAUAUAAAUAUUUAAGACAAAAUAUUGGAUAUGCACUUUUUGGUGUCCCAUCAGAGAGUGAAGAAAAUAAAGAUGUAUACAUUGAAGAUGAAAAAAUAGGAAAAAACAAACAAAUAAAGGAUAUUACUGAAACACUUUGUUAUAAACCUGAUGCAGAAAAAAUUAUAAAUAUUGUUUAUGAGCAAAUAUGUACACAUGGUAAAGGAUGUAUAGAUACAGAUUCUAUAUAUUAUGGAAUAAUUUACAAUAUAUCAUUUCGUACUAAAAAUAAUGUGACUGAAGUAUCUAAUUCAAAAGAAGAAAAAGUAACUGAUUCUGAAAUGAAAGAUAAAAUACAGAUAUAUUCAACACCAAUUUUUAAAAUAAGAUAUUCAAAUAAAACUUGUAACGAAGAAACAUGGUAUAUUGACCGAAAUGGUAGAGUAUAUAAAAGUUGGAUAGAUUAUAUAAAAAAUAAUACUUUACCACAAUGUACAAUGGUUCUUCCAAAAGAUGGAUUCUAUCAUCCUGAUCCAAGUUAUGAAAUUACUGAAGAAUAUUCAACGGUAUGGUUGGAAAUUUUGGAUUCACCUGCAUGUAGUGUACAAGCAACCAUUUUUAAAUAUGGAGAUAUAACUUCUACAAUAGUUGGCACAUGUGGAAUUUGCUUGGGUGUAGCAUCUAUUUUCACACCCAUUGGACCGCUUGUAAUGGGUGCAACAGUAGCUUCUGGUGUAAGUGGUGUAUGGGCAACUGGUAGAUCAGUACAGAAUUUAGUAGAUAGAAGUUCUCAUGAACAAAAUAUAGGAUUAACAAAUAGAGAUUCCUUUUGUUCGUGGUUAACUGUAGUAGGCGGUACAAUUGGUUUAAUAAGCAAUAGUGGAAAUGUUAUUCUUACUAAACUUAUAAAAAAUGGCAAUGAUAUAAGCAAUGUUGCUAAAAUUGCAUAUAAUACAUUAGUUUUAAGUAAUUUAGGUAUUAAUGGUUUUGGUGUAGGAUAUCAGGCAUAUUGUAUGUACCGAAAAUAUCAAGAAGAAGGUCAAAUUCAUAUAUUAGAUAUGGUAUCUCUGUCAGCUCAUUUAUUAUUUUUUGGUAAUUCAGUUAUAAAUUUACAGUUUGCAGAAGAUCUCAUUAAAUCUACUCAAGGUAAAAUUUUAGAUGAAUAUAGAUCUACAUUGCGUUCUAAACAUCUUCGUAGACAAUUUAAUCGUACAAAACGUAAUGCUGCUACAAACAAUACAGAUAAAAUAUCCGAAAAUGCUGAAGUAAUACGUUAUAUCAAUAGAAAGAUAGAUUUACAAUUAAAAAAUAAUUUGAAUAAUAUUCCCAUUCAAAAAAGCACUAUAUGUUUUGAAGAUGGGAAAUUGGUAAUUUGUGGCAUUCGUUUCUUAGAUCCAAUGAAAUUUGUAGAGAUAUUAAUUAAGAAUGAUCAAUUUUCAAGUGAAAAGAAAUUUUCAUUUAAUAAAGAAACUAGUGAUAACAAAGAUAUGCUCUUCACAUUAAAAGAUUUGCUUUUGAAUUUAUUAAAAAAUAUGAUUUUAGAUGAUGAUAAAAGAAAAAAAUAUGAAUCUGAAUUUGAUAAUAUUUUAAAUGAUAUAAAAUAUAUGAAUAAUGCUCCAAAUAUUUUUAUUCUAAUAUUUAAAAUAUCUUUUACUUUAAUAACACAAUCUGAAUUUUGUUCAGAAUAUUUAUCAAAUGCAGUUCAUUUUAUAUGGUGUUAUAUAAAAGAAAGUUUGAUACAAUUUAGUUCAGAACUUAUUAGUAAUAACGAACGAACACAGAAAAAAAUAUGUGAAGUAUUAAUAGUUUUAUUUGAAGAUAUGGAAGAGACAAUAAAAAAAUUAUUACCUGCUUUCAAAAAAUAUAUUGAAGAAUAUGUGGAAGAAAAUAUAAAGAAAAACUUAUGAACAAUAUAUAUUACAAUAUAUAUAUUACAAUAUAUAUAACAAUAUAUUUAAAGUUAGAUCUAUAGGAUAAUUGAAUUCAUAUUCUUUUUUCCGAUUUGAAUAAUCGUUAUGUCGAUAUAAUUUAACUAUGGUGUAAUAUAAUAACUGUUUUUUUCAUUAUGAUAGUUUAUUAUAAUAUUAUUAUUGUUUAUUAUUAUUAAUAUUAUUAUUGACGAUAUUAUUAUCUAGCUGUUCUCUAAUUAGAAAAUUACUUUUUAGAUAAGAUAAGAUUAAGAUAAUUUUUUAAUUAUAGUCAAUAAUUUAUAUAAUUAUAAAAUAGAUAAUUUCUAAGCGAUCAUCGUCCAUGUAUACUAAUUCGCGUUCAAUAUUACUAUCUAAAGUACUAAAAUUUUAAUAAGAAAAUUUUCGAAUUUUUAAUAUUAUUAUUUAAAAAUAUAUUUUUCUAAUAAAAAUAAAUAAAUAAUGAAAAAAAUUUUAUAAUCUAAGAAAUAAUAUUCAUACGAUAUUUUUUUUUAUUAAUAUUUUAUUAUAUAUAUAUAUUAAGGAUAAUAAUAGAAAGUGCAAUUAUAUUAAUUAAUAUAUUAGAUAAAUAUAAGAAUAUGAAAGAGAUGCACAAAGAUAUCGAUGAACAUAUUUUAGAUAACAAAAAAAAUAUUUUUCUAUUUAUAAAAUUAUAUCUUAUAUGUAAUUAUAUUUAUUAUAUUGUAUAUUGUAUAUAUAAUAAAAUUUUACAUUUUUCUUAUAUAA